AAUGCACAAUGCAAAGUCAAAAUGAAACUAAAGACUAUAAAAGGAGAGAAAUAAAGGCUGAGAGUCCAGACCUGAAGGGACAGAGCGCCAGGCAACAUCACAGAAAUGGCUGCAGCAACAUUAUUCAGCAUCGCAUUUGUCUUCCUCUGCUGCCUGUACAUAACCCAAGGACAGCUGGCUGUGGACUGCUGCCUGAAAGUCGGUGGGACCAAAAUUCCCAAACAUAUUGUGAGAGGAUACAUUCGGCAGACCGGUGGUGAAGGCUGUGACAUUAGCGCCGUGGUCUUCAUCACCAAGAAAAACCGAAGGCUGUGUGCCCCCCCUGCUGCAUCAUGGGUAGAGGAUCUGAUCAGCUACCUGCAGGAAAAGCGUGAAGGAUGCAUACAGAACAAAUUCAGGGACAAAUGGUGCAAGAAUUUCAAGCUGUGAAUGCUGUUGGACCUUUAAGAACCAACAAUCAGGAAGUUCUUCACUUCUGCGCGGGCCGUUUACGCAGACUUCAGCUGUUUGGUCUCUGUACCUAGAAUGAAAAAAGAAUAAUCUUUCUUUCACAGACGCACUUUUGACAUUAUCAUUUUAUCUAACAUAGUUGGUGAUUUUUUCUGUGUACCACAUGUUGCUGUUUGCAGUUCAUUGAGAUAAGACCCUACAUGCUUGAUAUCAUGACCCUACAUGCUGCAAAAAAUCUUGUAAGCUACAAAGCAUCUAGUAUAUAGUUGCUUUUUUAAGACAUAUCGGGGGCAUUUUAUAGCUAUUAAUAUCAUGGAUACCAUUUAUAAUAUAAAUCUUAUUGUAUGUCUUUAAUCUUAAAAUAAAGUUCUGAUUUGAAUAUAUUUUUAUAUAAUGACUGUGUUCUUAAGGCAGGCUAAUAAUAAUUCUGUAUUUCUGACAUAAAAUGAAAUUUACUGUGAAUUUAACUAAAACCAAAUAAAGAUUAAAAAACAG